AUGCUUUACUCGUUUAAGUCACACGUGUUGAAAACACAAUUUAAAAAGGUCUUGGUUAUUGUUACAAUUGUGAAAAUAGUUAGUGUCUACACGGCUCAGAUUACUGACGUAACUCCGAAACCAAACAUAAGCGAUGUCCUUAUGAUGAAACUGAUAUCUUAUUAUGAAGACAAGUAUAGUAUAGCUGAGAGUAAAUCAAAACCAGUAGAAAUUAAUAAUCAGGAGAACAUUAAUAAUGUUGUUGAAGAAAGGAAUGUAAUGAAAUUUGUUGGCAACAAAGGCAUAUAUAUGGAUAAGAAACCGAAAGAAGUUGAAGUUCAAGUAUUU